ACGUUGAUGAUAACGCAAGUUGCAAUAGCGGUUUUAGUAGUGGCUAGUUUGACAGUAUGGAUCGUGCCUUGGAAAUAUGUGUUUAUUUUUUGUGGAUUAGGAAUGUUUAUUGUUAAUACACAGUUUAUGAAAGUAUUAACCAAGGAAAUGGGGCCUGUUAUCCUGCAACACUUCAAAAUGUUAGUUGAGAAAUGGGAAGAUUAUUUUCAUGUUGAUGAAAAUGGUAAUAGUGGAUAUGAAGGAGAAACUGAUUCUUCAACUGAGAAUUGGGUCAAUCUAAACCACGAUGAAGUUGACAAUGGUGUUGGAAGUUCCUCGAAAAGUUAA